AUGUCCAUGAUAUCUUCCACCCACUUUGUCGUUGUCUUCAACAUUUGCAUAUCAAAACAGUACAGAAUUUUAGGAGGAAGUGUGCUCAAAUUUUGUAGAUGCACAAAAACGCGAGGCCGUUCAGAAAUAGUCGAUCAGUCAAGCGAAGUCACAAUCCUUGAUAACAAUCAGACGUCUACUGAAGUAAUGUCUCAUGAUCACGAAGAUUUACUGAAUUUUGAGAAUCCGUAUCCAUUGUUUAUUCCCGGCAAGAUAUUAUAUCUUGAAAAGGAUUAUGCAAUCAAAAAAUGUUGCAAGAAAACUCAAAUUUAUAAAGCAUUUUGGGCGGAAAAGGAGUUUUUUGAUGAAAUUCUUGUUAACCGGAGUAUGUUACUGGAACAUUUGCCUGAUGUCGUGUGCGAAGCUCUCCAAACAUCUCUGUUAAAUGAAGUACACGACAUGAAGCAUGUGAUAGGCGGGGACCUUAUGGUCAUAAUCAAACCCUGUCACAGCACGCAAUUGCAAAUGAGCACAAGAAACCUUAACCAGUAUGCUAUCACGCGCCUAAAAGAUCUAACUGAAACAUUUCGAAAUGCCAACAGCCAAAACGUUAGGAUGAGUUUUAUGUUCUAA